GUUUUUGAUUACAUAUUUUCAGAAUGACUGACGGGCGGCAACUAUUUGUUUAUAGAUUUAUACGUUAUAAAUAAGAUUCAAUAAAAUAUGAAAGUUUAAAAAAAAUAUUGUAAUAAAAAUAAUAUGCCCAAUGUUAUUAAUUAAAAUUUUAUUUAAGUUUUAAUUUAUUUUAUCAAUGAAAAUAUAUAUCAAAUAAUAGCGGUUAAUCUCAAGAUUUGUUUUAUUAAUUAUUAAUAAGAUAUAAAUAUUAUUUUCAUUCGAUUGAUUUUAUAAAUAAUUGUUAAAAUUAUGUAUUUUAAUAAUUAAUUUAAUAUUUAAAUAAUUUGUAUUACUUGAUGUCUUUCGUAUGGUUGAAUCUUUUCAAUCUCUUGAAAAUAACCAACGUAUAAUUGUAAAAAGAUGAAACGUUUAAAGAGCGAAUUAAUUAAUGCUACAAUUGAAUCAUAUUUAAAACGACGUCAUUAUCAGACUAGCGACGUUUUUUGUAAAAACAAUCAAGUAUAUUGUAGAACGAGUGAUGAAAUGACUCUGAAUGCAACUGCUGCUUCUGCCACAUCUCAAGAUAAUUCAAUUAUUUUUAGUGCCAUUAGUAUUGAUGUUGCUGCUGCAGAUCAAGCAUAUCAGCGGUUAAAGAUGUGGGUAAAUAUUGUACUCGAUGAUAAAUUAAAAAUGGAAUUAAAAGGGCUUCUAUACCCUGUAUUUUGUCACUUGUAUUUAGAGAUGCUACAUGCUGGUAACAGGCAAGCAGCAAUUCAAUUUUUAAAAACACAUCAAAAUGAGUUCAACAGUGAAACGGAGAAAGAUUUUUUAGAAGAACUAUCUAGUGUGUUUUCAGUACAAGAUAUUGAAUUAAGACCUUUAGUAAAUUCAUUUAGAACUAGAAAAUAUAAAGUGGAUAUGUCUGAUGUUGCUCAUUUAUGUCUUCAACAAUUUCUCUCGAAACACGGACAUAUAAUAUUAAUGCAGAUAAUAAAUACUCAUGUGACAAUAAUUAAAAAAAUGAAUGUGCCUGAAACAGAUACAGAAGGUUGUGAAGAAACAGGUUUACGUUCUGAAGUAGGAAUUAAUGGAUAUGUAGAACAACCAUUGGGUACUGGAGCUGAUCGUGAAAUGAGAGAACUCCAAGAGGCUAUAAGAUUAAUCCGAAAUAAUGCUCAUCAACCUCUACGAAUAUUUGCAGUAAAUAAUGCUGUUGAAAAUGCAAGUAGUGGUGUAAUUCCACCGAAUAUGGAUAAAUUAGCAAUAGGAUUUAGUACUACAGAAAUUAGAUUAUGGGGUAUAAAUGAAACAGUAUUAAUUAAGCCAAAGUAUGAAGAACCUUCUUUCACAUUUGCCUCAAAUAUUCCAUUUUUACAUCAAUUUUAUGAAACAUCGAACAGAAUGACUCAAGGAGGGGCAGUGAUACUUAGAGGUCAUACAGACAUUGUACAUGAUUUAAGGUUUAUUCCAGAAUCUGAUAUAUUACUUUCUGUAUCUAGUGAUAAAGAUAUGAGGGCAUGGAGACUUAAUGAUUAUACAUGUGCAGCUAUUUAUAGUGGUCAUAAUUAUCCUAUAUGGUGCAUGGAUCUUAGUGUAUUCAAUUUAUAUGUAGCAACAGGAUCUCAUGAUAGAACUGCUAAAUUAUGGUCUUUAGAUAGGAUAUAUCCAUUACGUAUAUUCGCUGGUCACUUUUUAGAUAUAAAUUGCGUAAAAUUUCAUCCAAAUGCUCGAUAUUUAGCUACUGGAUCUGCUGAUAAGACUGUGAGAUUAUGGGAUAAAGAUGACGGAAAUUUAUUAAGAGUAUAUAUAGGUGCACAAUCAACAAUUUACAGUUUAGCUUUUAGUCCGGAUGGAAAAUAUUUGGCAGCUGCAGGUGAUGACAAAUCCAUUUUUGUUUGGGAUUUAGCAACUAAUGCAUUAUUGACAGAACUCAAAGGCCACGAAGACACAAUUAUGAAUUUAGAUUGGAGUUUUGAUAGCCAAUACAUUGCUAGUGGAAGUCUAGAUGGCACUAUUCGUUUAUGGCCUACGCAUGAUCAUAUUAAAACUAUUAAUAGUAAUUCAUCAAAUCUAGUACCUGAAACGGAAUCACCACAAAUAUACUCAACUUAUUGUUCGAGUAUUCUUUCUUUACAUUAUUAUAAUAAAAAUAAUUCGCUUGUGUGCAUUGGAACUGUGGAUAAUUUGUAAUAUAUUGACGAAAUGAAGAAUAUUAAAUACAUAUAUUUGUAAAUAA